AUGUCGUUUGAAGACAGAAAGCAAGCUCAACAUGCCACUGUCGGGGGAUGGUUUCAGACUGUACGUGGACAAAUAAAGGCGGCUAGAAUUCAGUUGCAGGAUUCUGAAAGCAAGCUCAGCCAAAUUAGCGGAAGCUUGAAAGUGAAAGUUCAGAAUAUACUUGGACAAUUAACGUCAGCUAGAAUGCAGAUCCAGGAUUCUGAAAGCCAGCUCGGCCAAAUUAGCGGAAGCAUGGAACAGGAUGAAGAAAUUCCAAGGGAAAGGGUAGUAGGAAUGUUCAAUGAUGAUAUUAUAGAAAAUCAUGACGGUCGACUUAACAAUGGAGUGUGA